AUGCCAACAGCUACGCAAAUGGUCGUCCAUUUGUUGCGCUCUUUUGAGCACAGUCUAGUGACAAAUGCUGGACUUGGUGCAAAUUUAACUGAAGAAGGGCGUGUAGAAUGCGAAAUUACUAUCGUAUGUGGCCGAACGAAUUUGGUAGGUUGCUGUGGGACUGUGAGUGGAGUUAAGGAGCCAAGUGCAUUGGCGUUGAAAUUAUUGGAACAAGCUGAAAAAGUGAACGACGGCAGUGACUUGAGUGGUAAAUUUGUAUUUGGUCGCCAGCCUCCUCUAGUGAUUGCAGGGAAAUAUUAUCAAGUUACGACAAGGACUCGCGAGCAUUGGGAAAAGUGGCAUCGACGAUUUCAAGAAGCUGUAAAGAUACAGACUGAAGGAGAGGAAGAUGAACAAUUAGACACUGUCGGGUCUGUUUGUAUGGAUUCAAUAGGGAGCGUAGCGGCUGCAUUGUCAAGUGGCGGUGUAGCAUACAAAGUGCCCGGCCGUAUGGGGCUUGCUGGGUGUCCUCGGAUGGGUUGCAAUGCUGCUAAUGCCGUGGCAAUGAUGAACCGAAAACGUAAACGAAAGCGGAUUAAGUGA